UGCAUUUUUGGCAUAGUUCUUCAGGCAGACACCAUUCAGUGCCAUUCAGCCUCACCAUUAGCUGGACCAGACUAGGACUUGGCCAAGAACUGGACACACCUUCGGGAUCCUUCGGGCCUUCAGGCCACGGGUUCAGCUUAGACCCACGGAUGAUGCCAUGCCACGCCGAGCGGCGUCGCCCGACAAGCUCUUGGGCGGGCAUCUCCACAUUGCUCGAGAUAGCCAUAUCACUGAAGAAGAGGAGUCAACGGCUAUCACCUCAUUACUUCGAUUGUCUAAGGGCAUCGACCUGGGUGAUUUUCUUUUGGGCGCCCGCGUUCACUGCCUCCGUCGAUCCAUCGGGCCCAGCCUGAUCUUCGAUCGAGGGGAGCGGCCCUCCUAUGCGGCCUGCUCCAGGUCUCAGAGCCCGGGGCUUCGGAGCGGUGUGCUUCGGGGAGCUUCUCCCAGGCUUUCCCAGCGGCGGGUUGCUCGAGCACCCUUGUCGACCCGAGAGGCCCACCGUGACGUGCGGCCUUCGCCUCAUUUCUGGCAGCCGUGGAGCCCUCGGGAGAAGCCAAAGUCUCCCAGGGAGGCCAAGGUGUCGCCUGGCUCUCCCGAGCGUAGCGGACUGGCUGGACCGGCGGCGAGCUCCAGCCGGAGCGCAGUCAGGGGGAGAUCGCCAAAGUCACCUACGGGCCAUUCGCCAAAGUCGUCACCAUCUCCUGAUACAUCACGGUCACCGAGUGGAGGACAUGUCCCAGUCGUGGGUCCUCGAUGGAGCAGAGGGCAUCAAUCACCGCGGGCGGCAUCACCAUUCAACCCCCACACCGACUAUGACGUUCAUAUAGAAUUGGCCCAUGGGCCCUGGCACCGCUUUGAAACACGAGUGGGAGUCGCAGACGAGUUUUUUUCAAGGUGGCCUUCCAAUUGCCGUGCAAAGUUUCAACUCAUCGACGAAGAUGAGAAGUCUUUGCUGUGGGAGUCCUCUGAGACCCUAGAGCCGUGGGCACCUACAGAGCUGUGUUCCGUGGUUUUGGGUGAUCGAGGUGCUCGACACCUUUGCUUGCGAGUGCGCUGUCCCUCUCCGCCUGACGGCGCCGUGUGGAUCGAGCCGGCAGUGACCUGUGCCCGGCGGCGGCGGCCAUCACCUGCUUUGCCUUGGGAAGAGUUCUUUGCCGGAGAGAUGCUCUUAGAGGUGGUCUCUCGGCUUGCUUGCCGAGACGUGGCACGGGUUUUGGCUUCGAGCAAGGCUGUUUCGCAGAUGCAGCAGGCGGCCUGGCAUUGUGCCUUUGCACAUAGCUUCCGCCAAGCAUACGUUCGGUAUUUCUUGGGACCCCUCAGGAAGCAGCCAUCCACUGGCAUUCAAUGGGUUGGAGGAGGCAGUGCAGCCCCGACAGCCCAAAAUGGCACUUUCACCUUCGCACCCGGCAGCCGUGUUCGGGCGGCCGUCCGGACACUUCAUCGACCUCCUGAGCGGCCAAGUGUGCCGCUUCGCUCUGGUCGUGGAAGCUUUCCACUGGGACUUGCAGCUUGCUGCCACUCUUGUCGUGCUGGUGGGGGCGUGCUUCUGCCACAAGGGGCCUCAGAGGUCUUUGAUUGGCGACAGAUUUGCCGAAGGUUUUAUUUGGCGCAGUUACCUUGCGCCAGUGUCAAUUUCCAGCUCUUCAACUGCACAACGCCCAACGGCUUUGUGAAGGAUUCGGGCGAGAUGCUGCAUGUGCCACGUGCAUACCACGGGCAAAGCCCUCCCCUCCGCUGUGGCUGGAACAUCCAACUCGCUGCUGCUCAUUUCCAGUCUCAACCUUCUGCCGUUGUGCCACAUCGCUCUCCCUUGGGUGCUGCUGGUGUGCCACCCUCGGUCGCUACGGUGCGGGGCACUGCAGGGCCGGAGCCCCUGGCGAUGACACCACUGGUCUCGGAGAAGGACUCUGCAGUGAUUCUGCCGAUGGCCUUGCCUGGGCAACUGAAACUGCAAUGGACUCUGGAAGUCGAUCCUGGCAGAUAUUUGGUCGUCGUCACCGUCGGGGAUCGGCAUGUAGGCUUUGCAGCGCACCUGGAGAUGGCAGGUCUUCCAAUCUUCUCCGGUGAAUGGGUGGAACCUGGGAGCUUCAAGUCCCGGUGUGUGGUCUGUGAGACGCGACAUGGUGCCAUUACAUUGGGACAGCAUACUUCCAAAGCGUGGUCAUCAGGCUUGCAUAAAGACGAGCAUGUGUCCAUGGCGCGGCUGGCUGCGUCUGAUGGCCUGCUGGAAACUAUGGCAUCUCCUGCCACGAGCGACUCGCCGCCGCAGGCAGCUGGAUCGCCGCGGCUGGACCGCCACGCUGCCCACGCUGCCCGGGCGUCGCCGCCGUCGCCGGCGUCGCCCUCCGCCGACGCGUUGGCGAAGGGCACUCGCUUGGUGUCGGUGAGAGCGGCUUCGGUGGUUUUGGUGCGAGAAAUGGAGAAGGAACGAAAGGCAACCUUCACUGAGCUCAGUGCAAAAAUCACCGAAGCAAGACUGCGGGUUGACGGCCUGCGACAAGCAUUGGAGUCAGGGCCCACCAGCCAACUGGAAAGAGAGUUGCAUCGCGCAUUCUCCAAACUGGCAGAAUUGCAGGCGCAGAAUGCCUUGAAGCUCUUUUCUCCUUGAUUGCAACAUCCCGGCGUGUCACACAUCCCUACAUUUACGUCACAGGUGAAGCUAUGGCAUCGCCAUCUCCAGACAACUUCCCCAGGUUCCAUGGCAAUGGACAUUGACAGUUGUCACUGAUUGAUAGAAACUUUUCAUGAGGUCAGGGGCAAUGAUUCCAGAGCUGCAGCUCGCGCAGUGUUCACGCAGCCUUCCUGACAUUCUGCCCUUUUCCACAAAUGUGUCCUCAGACGUGGCUUUGUGAUCGCUGCGAGCUGUGUCCACACAAAGUUUAGUUUGG